CUGAUUCCCGCCGUCCCGCGUUUUUUUAGCAGCCGGCAUUCCAUUUUUCCACAAGACUAGUGCUGUACUGGUUUCAAUCAAUUCAAGUGCAACUUUGAACUUUCACACGUCUUUUUACUUAAACUUGGGCUUGAUUAAUUCUUGUCGUCGAACUAGUUCUUUGAGGAUCCGAAAAUGUUUGGUUCUACGGGAUUUGGAGGAAACAGUUUUAUGGGGAGCAAUGUAGUUACAGCCCCAACCAACCAUAACCCAAUGAAAGAUUUUGAAAUAAUGUCUCCUCCAGACGAUUCUGUUUCGUGCUUAGCUUUCAGUCCAGCUUCAAUUCCUCAAAAUUUUUUGAUUGCUGGUAGCUGGGAUAACCAUGUCAGAUGCUGGGAAAUUGAUCAGACUGGCAAGUCCAUACCAAAAUCUCAGGAAACCAUGCAGGGGCCAGUUCUUGAUGUUGCUUGGAGUGAUGAUGGAAGUAGAGUGUUUAUGGCUGGAUGUGAUAAACAGGCGAAAUGCUGGGACUUGGGUUCUAAUCAAUCUAUUCAGGUUGCCGCUCAUGAAGCUUCUAUUAAAACUUGCCACUGGAUCAAAUCACACAAUUAUUCGUGUCUCAUGACUGGAUCCUGGGAUAAAACACUCAAAUUUUGGGAUUUACGUCAACAGUCUCCUAUCCUAACCAUCAAUUUGCCUGAACGCUGCUACUGUGCUGAUGUCGAAUACCCAGUCGCUGUUGUGUCAACCGCUUCUCGGAACUUGAUUGUUUAUCAACUUGAGAAUACUCCAAGUGAAGCUAAAAGGAUUGAAUCCCCAUUGAAAUAUCAGCAUCGCUGUGUCUCCAUCUUCAAGGAUAAAAAGGGAAUGCCUACUGGAUUUGCUCUUGGCAGCAUUGAGGGAAGAGUUGCUAUUCAGUACAUCAACCCUCAAAACCCAAAGGACAACUUCACCUUCAAGUGCCACCGAUCAAAUGGAACCAAUCAACAAUACCAAGAUAUCUAUGCUGUCAAUGAUAUAAAGUUUCAUCCAGUACAUGGUACAUUGGCCACUGCUGGUUCUGAUGGAAGGUUCUCCUUUUGGGACAAGGAUUCUCGAACCAAGUUGAAGACUUCCGAACAGUUGGAGCAAUCAAUCACCGCUUGCUGUUUCAAUCGUGACGGCCAAAUAUUUGCUUAUGCUGUUAGCUAUGAUUGGUCGAAAGGGCAUGAAUUCAAUAAUCCUCAGAAAAAGAACUACAUCUUCUUACAUUCUUGUUAUGACGAAAUGAAACCUCGCCAAAAGUCAUGAUUUAAUUGUUUUAUGUCUCUUCCAGCUUUCCUUGUUUUGUAUUUUACUUGAAUACAUAAAAAUUCAACAAUUAA